GGGAGGGGAGGUGGGCUGAGGGGCAAGACCGGGAGGAAAGAGAGAGAAAGGCAAGACUGGAGGGGAGCCAGCCAUGCUUAUGCUAACAACAGCCAAGAAGUGCUGGCCGAGCCUGCUGAGAAAGCUAGGAGAAAGAGGAAAAUCAAGCAGGAGGCCAAGGCUCCCAUAAGCAGGGACCUCCAUCUGAAGUUAACAGAAAUUCCAUGGGAUCCUGCCAAUAUGCCCUCCAAAUGGGAAAGACAAGGCUUUUUCCCCGGCAGCUAAGGCUCAAACCAUGAAUUACGUUGGGCAGUUGGCGGGCCAGGUGUUUGUCACCGUGAAGGAACUCUACAAGGGGUUGAAUCCUGCCACCCUGUCUGGAUGUAUCGAUAUCAUCGUUGUCCGCCAACCCAACGGGACCCUUCAGUGCUCCCCCUUCCACGUCCGCUUUGGGAAGAUGGGCGUCCUGCGCUCCCGAGAGAAAGUGGUUGACAUAGAAAUCAAUGGGGAAUCUGUGGAUUUGCACAUGAAAUUAGGAGAUAAUGGAGAAGCCUUUUUUGUUCAAGAGACUGAUAAUGAUCAGGAAGUGAUCCCCACGCACCUGGCCACCUCCCCGAUCCUGUCAGAAGGAGCCUCGCGCAUGGAGUGCCAGCUGAAAAGGAACUCUGUAGAUAGGAUGAGAAGCCUGGACCCCAGCACCUCAGCCCAAGUCUUACCUCCCAGUGAGACCCCUUCAAGUAGUUCUUUAGUGAAGAAGAGACGAAAAAGGAGGAGAAAGUCCCAGCUGGACACCCUGAAAAGGGAUGACAACAUGAACACGUCUGAGGAUGAAGACAUGUUUCCCAUAGAGAUGAGCUCCGAUGAGGAGACAGAACCGCUGGACAGCAGUAGAACUCUUUCUAAUGAUAUACCUCCAUUCCAAGAAGAUAUUCCUAAGGAAAACCUCUCCUCAGUUAUGACUUAUCCUCAGUCAGCGUCGUACCCUAAUUCCGAUAGAGAGUGGUCACCCAGUGCCAGUAGCCUGAUAGAUUGCAAAAGGACUCCCCUCCAUCUGGCAGUUGCGGCUGAGGGAGGUCUUUCUAGUUCUUGCCCUCCACAGUCUUCCCACUUCCGUGCUUCAGACAGUCCUUCAGGUUCCCGACCUUCGACACCUAAAAGUGAUUCUGAAUUGGUCAGUAAGCCCACAGAUAGGACGAUGCAGAAGAGUAACCUAGAAAUGCUCUGGCUUUGGGGAGAAUUGCCACAAGCUACAAAGUCAUCUCCACAUAAGAUGAAAGAGUCCAGCCCGCUGAGCAGUAGAAAAAUCUGUGAUAAGAUGCACUUUCAGGCCAUCCAUAGUGAAUCUUCAGAUGCGCUUAGUGACCAGUCGCCGACGCUGACCAGGGGGCCUCCUGUGCAGCUGCUUUUGGAGCAGAACAAGUCUCAGACGGAGAUGCAAUUUGUGAAUGAAGAGGACGUCGAGGCCUUAGGAGCAGCAGCCCUGCCUUUCCCUACGACCGAAGAGCCCAAACCCCUCUCUGCCAGCGCAGCCCCGGCAGUGAGCAAGACGGAUUCUCCUUCUAGGAAAAAAGACAAACGAAGCCGACACCUUGGUGCUGACGGCGUCUACUUGGAUGACCUCACGGAUAUGGAUCCUGAAGUGGCUGCGUUGUAUUUUCCCAAAAACGGAGAUCCUUCUGGGCUUGCGAAACAUGCCAACGACAACGGAGCCCGCUCAGCCAACCAGUCCCCGCAGUCCGUGGGCAGUUCUGGCAUUGACAGUGGUGUGGAGAGCACCUCGGACGGCCUGAGGGACCUGCCAUCCAUUGCCAUCUCCCUCUGCGGGGGCCUCAGCGACAACAGGGAGAUAACCAAAGAUGCGUUUUUGGAACAAGCUGUGUCCUAUCAGCAGUUUGUGGACAACCCUGCCCUCAUCGAUGACCCCAAUCUUGUGGUGAAGAUCGGGAAUAAAUAUUAUAACUGGACAACAGCAGCACCUCUGCUCCUGGCAAUGCAGGCCUUCCAGAAACCUCUGCCAAAGGCCACUGUGGAAUCUAUCAUGAGAGAUAAGAUGCCCAGAAAGGGAGGAAGAUGGUGGUUUUCAUGGAGGGGAAGAAAUACCACAAUCAAGGAGGAGAGUAAGCCAGAGCAGUGCUUGGCUGGAAAGAGCCACAGCACCGGGGAGCAGCCGUCACAGCUUAGCAUGGCCACCAGAAUAAAGCAUGAAUCAUCCUCCAGUGAUGAAGAGCACGCAGCUGCCAAGCCAUCAAGCUCAAGCCACCUCCCUCUGUUGUCCAGUGUCAGCUACAAGAAGACCCUCCGACUCACUUCAGAGCAGCUGAAAAGCUUAAAGUUGAAGAAUGGCCCCAAUGACGUGGUUUUCAGCGUCACCACACAGUAUCAAGGCACGUGCCGCUGCGAGGGCACCAUCUACUUGUGGAACUGGGACGACAAAGUCGUCAUUUCUGAUAUCGAUGGAACAAUCACGAGAUCAGAUACUCUUGGCCACAUUUUGCCCACCCUUGGGAAGGACUGGACCCACCAGGGCAUUGCUAAGCUGUACCAUAAAGUGAGCCAAAAUGGAUAUAAGUUUCUCUACUGCUCUGCGCGUGCCAUCGGGAUGGCGGACAUGACGAGGGGCUAUUUGCACUGGGUCAACGAGAGGGGCACCGUGCUGCCUCAGGGGCCACUGCUGCUGAGCCCGAGCAGUCUCUUUUCCGCCUUGCACAGAGAAGUGAUUGAAAAGAAACCAGAAAAGUUUAAAGUCCAGUGUUUGACAGACAUCAAAAACCUGUUUUUUCCAAAUACAGAACCCUUUUAUGCUGCUUUUGGAAACCGACCGGCUGAUGUGUAUUCAUACAAGCAAGUAGGAGUGUCUCUGAACAGAAUAUUUACUGUCAAUCCCAAAGGAGAACUCGUACAGGAGCACGCAAAGACCAACAUCUCCUCGUACGUGAGACUCUGUGAAGUGGUCGACCACGUUUUCCCGUUGCUGAAAAGAAGCCACUCUUCGGACUUCCCCUGCUCAGAUACCUUCAGUAAUUUCACCUUUUGGAGAGAGCCACUGCCACCUUUUGAAAACCAGGACGUUCAUUCUGCCUCAACGUAAAAUGUCCCAGGCAGCCUCCUGACAUCAUGCGACGACUGGGCACCCCCAUUAAAGGGUAGAUUUUGGGAGCCGUGGAGAGGAGCUCGGGA